UUUUUAAAUUUUAAGUUGUAAUCGGUGGUAUUUUCGGUAUUAUGUUAUUUCAGUAAAUCGAAGGUCGAGAUAAUUUCACGAAUAUCAAAUGCCGUAUAUUUGACGUUACUUAUAGGGGGUAAAAUUGAAUUAUCGCUAUAUCAAGCUUACUUAAAGUUUAUUACCUUUUAAGACGGUGAAGAAAAACUUGAAAUCGAUAUUGCCAGUUACUGGCUGAAUCAAACCAUAGAUGUCAACGAAAUAAGCCAUUUAAAUUUGCUCUUCCACAUUAAAAGGAUUUAACAUUUAGAGAUGCAGUCGGAUCAAAACCCAUACGCCUUGUCUCUGGCGCAUAAAAAUAAACCAGACAACUACAAAACCACCUAUACCACAUCGUACCUUAAAAUGCCAACGUUUCAAGUGUCACCAGCUUAUGAACCUAUCAGGGAGCCAGCUCAGGAACGCCGUUGGUUCCCACAGGACUUGUCACCAUAUCCCUCCGCGCGCGAUAAUUCGCCAAUACGUAACAGACGACCUUAUCAACAGAUGAGUUAUGAUGAAGAAGACGAGAUGGCACGCCGACAAAAAGAGAGGGAGUAUAGAAGCCGGUUUGAAGAUUAUACACUUAGGAGAGACGAAUAUAGGGAGCCACCACCGCGCAAUGAGCACGAUUAUGACCAAAUGUCAGAGUUUAACGGCCCCUCUAAAGGACAAUAUCAACCAGACGAGCGGAUGCGUGAGGCACGAAAAGAUUAUCUGCGCGCACAAUUUAACGAUCUUGUUGUAGACGGGCAAUCCAACGAUGAUUUGAGAAAUGUCGAAUGUGAAAAGUGCGGCAAACGCCAAGUGUGUUUGAACCAGCUUGGCUGUUCACAUAGAUAUUGUGACGAGUGCAUGGCCCUGAUGCCAGGAUCGGACGGUCCGUUCCGGGACUCUAUACGCUGGCAUUACUGUUGUAGUACCUGCAGGAAGUGGACUCCGGAGCAAAAGCUCGUCCGCCUGGAUCCUUAUGGCCGUAGAUUGAUGAAAUUCCACGACAUUGGAUACUUCAAGACGUCAUAACAUUGUUGACUGUAAAUGGAUUGCAUGGAAAAGAAUUUUUAUGCUGGAAUCAGAAUGUUGGCAGAUGUUUUUUAAACUUAUUCUCUUUUAUUAUUUAAUUAAAAUAUCCUUGUAAUAGGAUUGAAAAUGGAAUCUUUAUAUUUUAAAAAUGCUAUGCUUGGACUGUCUGUUAAAUAUCAUAUCAGAUAUGUUAAAUUUCAUAUAAGACUACCAAUUUUGUUUGAAAAUUCCUGAAAAGAAAAGCGGAUGACCCAUAAACGAAAUCACCGCUAACCUUUCUGAAAAUAGCAUUAUUUUGUUAUUCUGCUGUCUUUUUGUUGAGUGAUUAACGAACGUUGGAUAUCAGAGGAACAUUUUGUUGAUAUUUUUCAUACUUUAAGACACACCUCAUGUGUAAGAUUCACACACUCCUGGUUUCUUUCCUUCCAGUGUCUCAGAUAGACCUCCUAAUUCCCUAAUGUUGUACAAUGUAUUGUUUGUAUAUUCUCAUUUAUAAGAAUGAUUGUAAAUAUAACACAUUUACUGUAAAGUUGCAUUUCUCCAUUGACUAUUAUAUCAGCGUCAUUCAGUUUGCUCAAUUUUCUGAUUUUAUUUCUAAGUCAUAAGACAAUUUACUACAUAAGAUUUUGUACAAAAGAAACCAUCCAUUUUUCAAUGAGUAUAAAGCAAACUGCAUCAUCUUUCGAGCUUAAUUAAACAGAAUUUUUAACUUAAACUUUUAUCAGAAGUUUCCGAGCAGCAAUGUCAAAGGAACUGAUGUUUGUGGGGAUUUAAUUCUUGCACACCAUAUACGUACCAUAUUUUCUAUGAUAUGAUUACUGUGAUAUAAAAUACUGUGAUAUGAUUAAAUUAAAUUGAUAUAAUCAUGUGAUAUCUAAAGGAAAUGUGAUGUAACUAUAAAAACAUGACCCAGGCAUAACGGCGUUUUUAUCUUGUUUUAUAUUUACGUACUUAGACCAACACACACAUUUUUCUUUUUAUAAAUUUCAUGUUGUUUAAAGAACUUUUUUUUCUACAUAUUUUGUAAGCAUUGUCCGUGUUUGGUAAAGGAUGACUGUAAAUCAAUUUUUUGUUAAUAUUUUUAUUUUCAUAUUUUCUUACAAUGUAUACUAUAUUUUGUUUAGGUUUGUUUACAAAUAAUAAAUGUAAGUCAAUGA